GCCGCCCGCUGGGGGAGCCGCGGUCGCCCCCGCGGGUCGUUCCCUCGCCUUCUCCCGGCUGCUGAAAGGAAGAGGCGGCGGCGGUCCGAGCCGGGGGAGGUGGGAACGUUCUGAGGUGAGAACCCGCCUGGCCCCGCUGGGAAUAUGGCGACCGGUGGCUACCGGACCAGCAGCGGCAGCACCACAGACUUCCUGGAGGAAUGGAAGGCUAAGCGCGAGAAGAUGCGCGCCAAGCAGAACGCCCCGAACUCGGCCGCCUCGGGCGGGGGCAGCAGCGACACGGCCGGGAAGCCCCCAACGGGGGCGCUGGGAACCUCCGUGACCGCCGCGCCAAACGAGCUCAAUAACAACCUCCCGGCCGGCGCGGCCGCACCUGCCGCCCCUGGCCCGGGGGGCGUGAACUGCGCGGUGGGCCCCGCGGCGCUAGCCCGCGCCGUGCCCUGCGCGCGGAGGCCGGAGGACGAGUCCCCAGCCGCUGCCGGCUCGGGGACCCCUCCGCUCCGGGGAGAGGAGGAGGAGCGGGACGGCCCCCCAGAGAAGGGCAAGAGCUCGGGCCCCAGUGCCAGGAAAGGCAAGGGGCAGAUCGAAAAGAGGAAGCUGCGGGAGAAGCGGCGCUCCACCGGAGUGGUCAACAUCCCCGCGGCAGAGUGCUUAGAUGAAUAUGAAGAUGAUGAAGCAGGGCAGAAAGAACGGAAACGAGAGGAUGCAGUUACACAACAGAACACAAUGCAGAAUGAAGCUGUAAGCUUAUUAGAUCCAGCCAGUUCCUGUCUGCUACAAGAGCCAUCUAGAACAGUUUCUGGCAGAUACAAAAGCACAAUUACUGCCUCUGAAGAAGAUGUUUCAAAUAGAUAUCCCCGAACAGAUAGAAGUGGGUUCAGCAGAUAUAACAGGGAUGCAAAUGCUUCAGGUAAUUUGGUUUCAAGUAGCACGUUGGAAAAGAAAAUUGAAGAUCUUGAAAAGGAAGUAAUAAGAGAAAGGCAAGAAAACUUAAGACUUGUGAGAUUGAUGCAAGAUAAAGAGGAAAUGAUCGGAAAACUCAAAGAAGAAAUUGAUUUGUUAAAUAGAGACCUAGAUGACAUAGAAGAUGAAAAUGAACAACUAAAGCAAGAAAAUAAAACUCUUUUGAAAGUUGUUGGGCAACUGACAAGGUAGAAGAUUCAAGGCUCAAUAUGGAAAAAAUAUUUUAAAACUACUGAUUGAAUGUUAUGUUCAUUGCUAGGACAAUAUUCCUAUGCUGCAAUACUUUAAAAUAACUAUGUAUAUUUAUUUCUAUGAAACUGAUGGAUGUUUGUUUUCAAAAUACUUCUUUUUCAUUGUUACGGUUCAAAAAAAGUCUCCACCUUUCAUUUCACGUAUCAGUAACAUCUUCCAGCUAUUAAAAUGUUAGGUUUUGUCUUUUUUUGGCUUUUUGUGGUAGUCAAAUAAUUUAUGGUUUAAAGUCAUAACCAUUUGAAUAUAUUUUAUCUGCAGUAGUGCAUUUUCUCCCUAAAGAAAUAUACAUAGUCAUUGUUUACAUGAAUCCAGAUACUUUGGGGGACUUACCUGCAAAUGCCUUAUUACUGAUGUGUGCAACUUUUUAUGUGUUGAUGACUUACUCAGAAAAGUCUUUGUCUACUCUCAUUUUUAUUUUCAACUUAGUCUAAGUGAUUUAGAAUAACAGUCACUAUUUUGUAUAAAUCAUCUCUUUUAAAAGGAAAGGUAUUAUAAAAAGUCACAAUAUCAUGUACUAGUUGGCUAAAUAUAAAUUUAGAAGAACACUUGAAACAAAAAUUUACUAUUUUGUCUGAGUAUUGAAAAUUUUUAAAAAUCACUUUAUCUUUUGAAAAACUGUAUACGAUUGUGUUUUAAUGUAAAAUUUCUUAUGUAGGUACUAAUUUUUUUAUUGCUCCAAGGUUUCUUAGUGAACAUGGGAUAUUUAAAAAGUUGUUUAGUAAUUAUUCUUCAGGCCUGAGAAGUGUGUACAAUUUCAGUGUGUAGGAAAACAAUCCAUAUUCUUGAUUAUCAUAUUAUGCAUUAAAAUCAAAACCAAAUUAUAUAUCCACACUUAAAAACUUCUAUAUUUACAUUAACAAAACAGCACACAAGCAGAAAUAGUAGUUCUAAAAUACUUCGCUUAAUUUCUAACUUUUUAUAAUAACACUGUGACACAGUUCUUAUGUGAGAGAGUAUUCUGCUACCUGAAAUUUAAGGAAUUUUCUUCCUAACAUUAGAAUUAUUAAAACAGACUUAUUUUUGACAAAUUAUAAAUUUUCUUUUCUAUUGAAUAUUGUUAGUAUUUAGGAUUGUUAUUUUAUAUUACAUUUUCAUGUUGAGUAAAAUGCCCCCUCCCUUAAUAUAUGUUAACAUUAAGAAAUGUCUGCUUUAUAGUUGACUCUUAAACAGAGAACAGAUAUCCCUUUGCAUCCAGUUAAUAUACAUAAGUGACUUGAAUAUAGUAAAAUCUAUUUUGGGUACCCUACUGGCUCCCCUCACUUGCCAAGCUCAUUUAUGGUUCACCAUUAGAAAAGUAGGAAAGAUAAAACAAUUGGAAACAAUAUAGAGUAAAUGAUAAGUGUCAGAUUUGGGUUAAAGCUCACCAUCUUAUGAUUCUGAUCAUCACCUAGGCUUGCAAACAACUGCUCUUCCCACUUUCCUCCAUGUCUUCUAUUGGAGACCCUGUAAUUAAAAUAAUUUUAGCUACUAGCAGUUUUUCCCCUUUUAGUUUAUUCUAUAAUUAACCUGGUCACUUGGGGUAGUUUUCAUAUGUUUGUGUAUGUAUUUACUGCUCACAGAAAGUUCAUUAUUAUAUUACCAAACAUGGUAUAGUUACAAAAUUAUUACAUUAAGUGCUUCUUGGAGAAUAUUACCCAUCAUGGGAAUAGUGAUCUGCUGCCUACAUGUCAACAUGGUAUGCCAGGCUCAGUUGUCACCUUUGGCUGUGUGGUGCUCACCAUUUUUUAGUUACCCUUACAUAAGUGAAAGAAAUGUUGGUGUUGCUUCCCAUUCACAUUUGGAUGUUGUGAAAAUGCUGUCAUUUUCCAACCUUAAAAUAUAUUAUUAGUGUAUUGAUUUUUCAGUUAUAUAGAAGAAGUCAGAAUUAUUUUGAAUUUUCUGUUUAAUCCAUAGAUAGAUAAAUGAAUAUUUCAUUUCACUUUUAAAUGUUUCACCAGUCACUAAUCCUUUAAUCUUUAAGAUUGAGCUGUUUUAAAAUUUUUCCUGUUCAGUUUAUUGGGAACAUUUCCAGCAAUGAUUUUUACUUUUUUAACAUAAUGAUAUAUAGUGCAAAUAGAGGAGCACUGACAACAGAAGCACAAGCAUUUCACAUGCAGUCUCCCCCCACUCUUUAAAAUGUGUAUGUAUUUCACACAUAAAUUUACAUUGACUAUUGAAAAAUGAAAUAGAAUAUAUCAUUCCCCCUUAAAGAUUUGUGAAGUUUUGAGAUUUUAAGAAGUUAACUUAAAUAUAUAUUCAUUACCUUAGAAAAAUUGGUUAUUGUCAGUACUGUACUAGUAUUUGUGAAAUUAUUAGUGCUAUUCAGAAAUAUUUCUUAAAUCUCCUGGGAAUUUGUGGCAUAAUAAAACACAUCAAAAGUUU